AUGUCAGCCAAGCUGGGAGAGGAAGGCAUCGAGAAGCUCUUCUCCGGAGCGCCGCAAUUCUUCUGUCGGACCGAGAAGCACUACGCGGGAGCCCCUCAUCCGGUGGUGGCCUUCCCGUACGACGAGGAGCUCGAGAUCCGCGACCUGGCCGACCAUGUGCAGAUAGAGGACAAGGCCUGGAGCGGUGUGACGGCGCGACCUCACCUCACCCGGGACCUGAACCACGACCCCGCAGCCGUGGCGCAGCGGCGGCUGUCGGCCAAGGCGCACUUCCACGUGCGGUGCAACGAGAGGCCCAACAUGCUCAGCAUGCAGGGGCUGGAGAAGGGCACGGUGGGCUACCAGGCCGCCCUGGAGCUCCCGGCCGGCGACUCGCUCGAGGAGGAGCAGUUCGGCUUCGAGAGCGUCGGCACCAAGGGCAGGGUCAUCGUGGAGGCGCGGGAGCGCAUCAUGUCGACCUUCGGCUGGCUCCGGCGCAUAUCCGAGAACGAGAUACUCGACCGGCUCAAGGUCAACGGCGUGGCGUACCGCAGCAACGACCUGCGGCGGCGGCCGUCGUCGGAGUCGUACAGGGACCUCUUCCACAUCGGCAUCCCCGGCGGCGGGCGGGCCGGCUUCAUGCGGCCGGCCGAGACCGUCAUCGACAGGACCGACCACCACAGCCUCGUCAACCAGAUCAACGCGCUGGUGCGCUGCCUGGCCACGCCCAACGUGUGGAUCGACCUCUCGCGCAUCGAGUGGCGCAUCCGGCUGGGCCAGGUCCUCUGGGGCCAGGACGGCGGCGACGACCUCGAGGACCCGACGGGCGUGCACGACGCGCCCGACGCCGCCCAGAGGGCCGAGGAGAAGUACUGGCUGCUCAUGCAGAUCCUCGUCUCCACCGAGCUGCUCAUCCGCCUCGACGCCGUCACCGAGGGCGAGCAGAACGGCACCGAGUCCUACCGCCCCAACGACAGCCUGUACUUUGAGCGCCAGGCGACCGAGUCGCUCAAGUGGUCCCUCCUGCUCGCCCGCAGCUGGCUGGAGAACAUCGAGGUCGUCGAGCACGACGAGUACCACCGCGACGUCGACAGGCAGCAGGCCGCCGCCCCCGGCGCCCCCCAGCCCGGCUGGCUGGCCUCCGUCGUCGGCAAGCUGUCGUCCACCCUGCGCCACGCCCCGCACCACUACCUCAUCCGCGGCCGCAACGGCCAGCGCCAGGUCGACGGCCUCAUGCACUUCGCCCGCAAGAUCCAGUGGCCCGGCAUCGACGACUACGAAUCCCACAUCUCCCGGAGCGUCAAGACCAACAUGAAGACCGUCGCCAACCCGGAGUCCGGCCAGCCCAGCCUCACGGUGCCGGGCACGACGACGACGGCGGCGGCGGCGGCGGCAGCGGCCGGAGCGAGGGAGGCGGGGAGAGCACCGUCCCCGAACCUGUCGGAGCCCUCCUACUUUGGCGCCUGGGACGUGACCGGCCACCGGGGCCACCCGCACCCCCACCGCGCACCGUACCCGCAGUACCAGAAAAUCCAGGCCCCCCGGCGCAAGGUCGCCGCCGCCCUCCACCCGUCCGGCUGGCUGUCCAAGACGUACAUCUUCGCCCUGAUGCUCCCCGGAGAGGCGCUCUCGCACUUCCUCAUGGCCACGCUGCUCGAGAACGACGCCGAGGCCCUGGGCCGGCUGGGUCCGUUCGCCAACCUGUGCGACGGCUUCCUGUACCACGGCAAGACGUUCUGGAGCACAGCCUGCAUAGUCGGGCGCGUGCUCGCUGCCGGGCAGGGUGCUGCCGAGUGCAUGGGGUGGAUCUCGACGAGCGUGCUGCCCAAGGGGAUCGAGAGCGACAGGUGGCUGAACAUCGAGGUGGAGGACGUGGCCGACGACCUCACCAGGCUUGGCAAGAAGGCACGUAUCUGGGGCAAGAGGCGACUCGAGCGAGACUCGUCCAUCGUCGGCGACAGCACCGAGAUGUCGGCCGAGCCGGGAGACUUCACCAUGCCCCACGAGAACGUCUACCCCACCCCGCCGCCCAACGUAUCCGUCCAGCUCACGGCGCUCGAGCUGCUGAGCGCCGUGGAGACGAUCCACCCUUCGCCGCUCAGCCAGGUGGUCGGCACGCCGCGCACCGAGUCCGUCCAGCUGCCCGACGACGUGCCCGCCCACCCGGCCAGGAUGACCUUUAACGUCGUGACGGGGAACAGGACGGAAGAGGUCAGCCUGACGCUGACGUACGACAUCAGCUUCGUCACCGCGUACCCGUGCUCUCCCUCGCGACGCGUGCGCUUCGUCAAGGCCCCCGGCAGCCCGACCAUCCAGCAGAUUGACGUGUCCGGCUCCAACAAUCUCGGCAAAGGGUCACGAUCCGUGUUCCGAGCAGGCCACCCUCUUCACAAAUUCUACAACUACACAGUCAUGCACAUAUCCGAGCUCCUGGCCAAGCGCGACACGGCCCUGAUGGACCUCCUCCGCCCCAUCGAGAACCGCACGCCCAAGACGGUCGACAACCGCGUCCUGGUGGUUGACUGCAUCACCACGCCCGCCGACCUGCCGUUCGAGCUGAUGCCCACGUCACCCGUCACGGGAACGUUCGAGUUCGCCUCGACGUCCGGGUCGCACAGCCUCCACAAGCGCACCGGCAGCCUGCCCAACAAGAUGCAUCUCGAGUGCAGGAGGCGGCAGUUUGGUUCCGACAUGGAGAUGCUGGUGCGCGCAUUGUGCGCCCGCAAGGGGUGGAACGCCAUCAUAAGUAGGAGCAACAGGAGCUGUCUUGCCUGUGCCAUCAGAGAGGCUGGAGCUCUCGGAUGGAGGGUUGUCAUCAGGGUUGACUGA